AUGCAGGCAAUCAAUGAGUUUUGCUCCAUGAACAAAAUUUGCCGCCGCUUUGAGAAACAGGGGCCGGAUAAAGAGGAGGAGAAACCGGAUCAGAAUUGUCAGAAAACUUCUUCGCCGGAAGACGGAGAAAAGGGCGCGGCCGUCAUUUUCUCCCUCCGGAACCAAGUUGGAGGAUUGAUCAGGGCUCUCCGCGUUUUUCAGGAAAAUAACGUCAAUGUGGUUCACAUCGAGUCUCGCAAAUCGAGGAAGAGGCCUUCCCAGUACGAAAUCUACGUCGAUGUGCAAUGUGAACAAACCCAAAUCAACGACCUGUUGCACAAUCUCGAGCACGAGGUGGAGUGCGUAUCUUUGGGAGAAUUCGAAAAAGGUCAAGUCGACAUUGCGUCAGUACCUCCGCAGACUCCUACCAGCCCAGGAAUCGAACUCAGUUUUGAUGGAAUGCCUUGGUUCCCGCGCAAGAUGUCUGAUUUAGACAAAUCGGCAAACCGAGUGCUGAUGUACGGUACAGAAUUAGACGCUGACCAUCCGGGUUUUAAGGAUAGUACCUACCGAAAACGUCGAAAGCAUUUUACUGACAUAGCACUUGCAUACAAACACGAUCAGAUUAUUCCUUAUGUUCAAUAUACUGAAGAAGAAAUAAAAACUUGGGGAACUGUGUUUAGUCAUCUAAAGAAACUCUAUCCAACUCAUGCAUGCAAAGAAUUUAUGGAAAAUUUCAAUCUUCUCAUCAAAUUUUGCGGCUACAGAAAUGAUAACAUACCACAAUUGGAAGAUGUUAGCCGUUUUUUGAAACAAAGAACUGGUUUUCAGUUACGACCUGUUGCUGGCUAUCUGUCAUCCCGGGACUUUUUGGCGGGAUUGGCGUUCCGUGUUUUUCAUUGCACUCAAUAUAUUCGACACAGCUCGGAUCCUUUCUACACACCGGAGCCAGAUUGUUGCCACGAGCUGCUUGGUCACAUUCCCCUACUUGCUGACGCCAGCUUUGCUCAGUUUUCUCAGGAAUUAGGACUGGCCUCUCUCGGGGCGUCAGACGAAGAAGUAGAUAAGUUGGCAACGUGCUACUUUUUUACUGUGGAAUUUGGCCUUUGUAAACAAGGAGGGGAGAUGAGAGUUUAUGGCGCUGGACUUCUAUCGUCUGUGGCAGAAUUGCAACAUUCAUUGUCUUCAACUGCCGCAGUGUUGCCAUUUGAACCGGAAAGAACUUGCCAACAGGAACCCCUUAUUACAACUUUUCAAGACGUGUACUUUUUUACGGAUAGUUUUGAAGAAGCAAAAGAAAAAAUGAGAGAAUUCGCCAGCACAAUCAAGCGCCCGUUCGGUCUUCGUUAUAACCCAUACACUCAAACAGUAGAAGUGUUGAGCAACACUCGCAAGAUUGCUAAUCUAGUCAGCGAGCUCAAAGGAGAUUUGUGUGUGGUGACAGCAGCCUUAAAGAAGAUUCGGGGCAAGAAAUGA